ACCGCGGCCGCGACGCUCCGACCGGCCACCAGCCACGGGCAGCCUCUGCCGCAUACAGCGCACGCAGAUUACGGUGCAAUACUUUGGACGCUGCGCACAGACGCGUUAUGAUGACGUGGCACCAGUAGCAGUGAACUGGGAUGCUCAGAGACUUACAGAAGAUACGACGCAGCGGCAGCAGCCACUGAGGGCGCCUUUCAUGUUUGAGCCGACGACAGCCACGGGACACCGCUCCAAAUGGGUGGUAACCGGCUGCUGGUGCGGUGGGAGCGGCACGAAUCGGGCGUGCUGGCGCACCUGCGGCGCCUGCUGGCAGCCGAGGCGUUCGUCGACGUCACCCUCUGCUGCCAGGGCCACCGCCUACGCGCUCACCGCGUGCUGCUCUCCGCCUGCAGCCCCUACCUGCAGCGCGUGCUGCUAGACCACCCGUGCGGCGCGGGCGAGUCGGUGACGGUGAUCCUGCAGGACGUCAGCCACGAGGACAUGCGCCGCCUGCUCGACCUCAUGUACACGGGCGGCGCGGAGGUGCCGGCGCACGACCUGUCGCGCUUCCUCCGCGCCGCGGAGGCCCUCGAGGUCAGCCUGCUGCAGUCGGCCGCGCUGCGCGUCUGCGAGGUCGCCGCCGAGCCCGCCGCCGCCGCCGCCGCCGAGCCCGCCGCCGCAGCCCCCGCGACGGCGACCGCCACCGCCGCCAACCCCACGUCGCCACCGGAGCCCGCGGCGCCGCCCCCCAGAGCGCCUUCUCCACUGCGGUGCCCCUCGCCGUCACCGCCGCCGCCGCCGCCGCCGCCACCUCCGCAACCUACUGACUCCGCGCAGCAGAUACCUCCGGCCCGGCCUCCCACACCGCCGCCGCCGACGUGCCAGAUUCCGCUACCGCCGCCGCCCCCGCCGCCAUCCGCUGCCCACGCUCCCCCGCAGGUCGUGGCGGCGGCGCAGCUGGUGCGGGUCCCGCCUGUGCACGCCGUGUCGCUGCGCCACUGCCGCCCCCCGCCGCCCUGGCUGCCGCCGCCCACGUCCGCCUUCGUGCCCGUCUCCGACCCCGUGUCGCCCUGGGCCACGGGCACGCGCCGGCGCAUCCAGCCCUGGACGGCCUCAGACGGUGGCCCGGAACAGCAUCGAGACGGCCCCGGGGCGCCGACUACGCGCCAAGCCGUCCAUGCGGAGGAAGACAGCCCCCGCCUGAAGCGGCUGCUGGGUGGGGGACCCGCAGACAAGAAGGCGCGGCCAGACACCAACAACAACAGCAGCAGUCUGACGGCCGUGACGCCACCGCAGCAGCUGCAGCAGCGUCUGUGGGUCUACCAGCCGCCUCCACCUCCUCCUCCUCUUCCCCCUCAUCCAGCGACAGCACCAGCACCAGCAGCACCACCACCACCUCCACCUCCACCACCACCUCCACCAACAACAACAGCACCUCUCGGCGUAACUCCACAGCAGAUCCAUCCGCACGCUCAGACUCUGCCACCACCUCCGCCGCCCCCAACGGCCCCACUACCUCCAGUGAUGCCCUCACAGCAGCCAGCACUCUUCCAGGAGCUCCAGCCACCCCAGCCUCCGCAGUCGCAUCCUCCGUGUCCCCUUCGACAGCAGCCCCCAGACCCACCAGAGUCAUCACGAAAACCCCAAGACCUGGUGGCAAACCCGGUCUCAGCCGCCGACACCGCCGUUGAUCCGCAGAGAAAACAUAAAUGUGAAGAGUGCGGCAAGCUCUUUGGCACCAAGACGUCUCUCAAGGCGCACGCGCGCACGCACACGGGGGAGAAGCCGCACCAGUGCGCCGAGUGCGGGAAGUCGUUCAGCCAGCUGCGCAACUACAAGUACCACGUGUCGGUGCACGCCGGCACGCGGGAGUUCGCAGCGGCCUGCCCCGAGUGCGGCAAGGUGUUCAACGACCGCGGCUACCUCAGCUCGCACAUGAAGAUCCACCGCAACCGCAAGGAGUACGCGUGCGCCGAGUGCGGGCGCCGCUUCAACCAGCGAGUCGCCUACAACAUGCACGUGCGCAUACACACGGGGGAGCGGCCGCACGCGUGCGCCCUCUGCGACAAGGCCUUCACGCGCAAGAUGCUCCUCAAGCAGCACAUGCGGACGCACACCGGCGAGAAGCCCUUCACCUGUGAGGUGUGUGGGAAGCGGUUCGCGGACCGCAGCAACAUGACUCUGCACUUGCGUCUGCACUCGGGCAUCAAGCCGUACAGCUGCGGCGAGUGCGGCAAGGCGUUCACCAAGAAGCACCACCUCAAGACGCACAUGAACUUCCACACGGGCCUGAGGCCCUACUCCUGCGACCGCUGCGGCGCGCGCUUCAGCCAGUCCAGCAACAUGCGCACGCACCGCAAGAAGUGCACCGCGCCGGGGCCGCCUCCCGGGGGCGGUGGGGGCGGUGGGGGCGGCGGCGGUGGCGGCGGCGGUUCCGUGGUCAGGGCGCCGGGCACCAGCGUCAUCAUGCGCGUGUCCGGCGAGUUGGUGCAGCACGCGCCGCAGCGUCCUGAAGAUUCCGCUGCCGCCAACGGGCGAAACGUCACGCUCACCGCCUCUGCCGCCACCGGUGCCGCCGCCACGUCCGUAGUGGCUCCGUAA